AUGGGGACGCAGGGCAGUCCGGUCAAAAGCUACGACUACCUCCUCAAGUUCCUGCUGGUGGGCGACAGCGAUGUGGGGAAGGGCGAGAUCCUGGAAAGCCUACAGGACGGCGCGGCCGAGUCCCCGUACGCCUACAGCAACGGGAUCGACUACAAGACGACUACCAUCCUGCUGGAUGGCCGGCGGGUCAAACUGGAGCUCUGGGACACGUCGGGCCAAGGCAGGUUCUGCACCAUCUUCAGGUCCUACUCCAGGGGCGCACAGGGGAUCCUCCUGGUAUAUGAUAUCACCAACCGCUGGUCCUUUGAUGGUAUUGACCGGUGGAUCAAGGAGAUUGAUGAGCAUGCACCUGGGGUCCCCCGGAUCCUGGUUGGGAACCGGCUGCACCUGGCUUUCAAGCGGCAAGUCCCAACAGAGCAGGCUCGCGCCUACGCAGAAAAGAACUGCAUGACCUUCUUUGAGGUCAGCCCGUUGUGCAACUUCAAUGUCACCGAGUCCUUCACUGAGCUGUCCCGCAUCGUGCUCAUGCGGCACGGCAUGGAGAAGAUCUGGAGGCCCAACCGAGUGUUCAGCCUGCAGGAUCUCUGCUGCCGCGCCAUCGUCUCCUGCACUCCCGUGCACCUCAUCGACAAGCUCCCACUGCCUGUCACCAUCAAGAGCCACCUCAAGUCCUUCUCAAUGGCCAAUGGCAUGAACGCCGUGAUGAUGCAUGGGCGUUCCUACUCGCUGGCCAGUGGGGCAGGGGGUGGCGGCAGCAAGGGCAACAGCCUCAAGAGGUCUAAGUCCAUUCGUCCCCCUCAGAGCCCACCCCAGAACUGCUCCAGGAGCAACUGCAAGAUCUCCUAG